UAAUAGCUUAACUUGACGUUCUUGACAAAUAAGAAAAAAAUUAAGUGCGAGUAAAUAUUGUAAAGUAGAUCAAGUUCUUGAAGAGCUAUGGCGACGAAUUUUGUGAAAUAUUCACAACUUAUCAAUAAUACAACGAAAUAUGCACAACGGAUGAAAAGGUUAUCAAAUAGAAUAUUCAAUGAAGUCGCGAUUCCGACAAAUCCUAGGUCGAUGAAAGUAGUCAAAAUCUUCUCAGCCAGACCACUGCAUACCGAUGAAGAGAUCAUUCACUACUACCCUAGACACGUGGAGACUCAUGCAUUGAUGCUAAAACUACGAGAGUAUGGUUUAUUCCGAGAUGAACAUCAGGACUUCAAAGAAGAGAUGAAGAGGCUGCGAGAGUUGCGUGGUAAAGUUAAAGUUUGGAAAAGAAAACUAAAUCAGGAGCAAAAAGAAUCUUAGCAUGUGUGCUGUAUUAGUUUAUCAUAGUUUUAAAGUUGGGACAAUUACUUUGUGAUAGCCAGAAUUAAAAUUUGUUUAUUCAACAUUGCUGUUCCAUAAUAUAUCGAUAAUGUAAAUAAAACUUCACUUUAUAAGAAUAAUUAUGUAUACUAUAUCAAUAGCAUAUAACUAAUUAGGUGAAUUAAACAUAUGUAGUUUCCUUGUUUUCAUUAUUUAGAUUUCUA